UGUUCGUAAACAAACGGAGCAGGGAUCAGUCCGGCACUGUGUUGGAGCUUGAGUUUGAAGUUUUAGUUGCGUUCCACGAGGCGCCGCGCGUUUUGCUCAGCUCAGAUCACUGGGUGUACCGCAACAGCAGCAGCAAACAACUCAACACAAACUCAACGGCCACUAAAGAGACGAAGAGGAAGGCAGAGAAGAAAGCUACGGAGAGCGAACUGAGUGUGACGAGUGACGGAGGGUCCCCAAUUAAGCAAUCAACCAAAUACAGCAACAGAACAGCACGGCAUCAAAAUGAAGUCUCUGCUACUACUGUCCAUGGUAGUGACCAUCAUCGCAGCACAGAGAGACUACACUACGCCGGUACCGAUACUGAAGCAGAUCAACCGGCACAACGAGGACGGCAGCUACAGUUACGGCUACGAGGCGGCCGACGGUACGUUCAAGAUCGAAACAAAGUACGCGAACGGCGAGGUGCAGGGCAAGUACGGUUACGUCGACGACGGUGGCAAGCUGCGCGAGAUCGAGUACGGGGCGAGUAACCGUGGUUUCGAGCCCCAAGGUACGGACAUCAAUGUGCCGCCACCGACGCUGAGCAACAGCAACUAUCCGCCGCUCGGUCCGAACGAGGAGGAUGAUGGCCAGUACCGGGAGGAUCCGAGCAUCUACUACAAGGACUCGCGCUACAACACGAAACCGGCCGGCGGAAACGCACAGUACAGCGCACCACGUCCCGCCCCCGUUGCCUACAAUCCGGCACCGCAGCAGUACUACCGGAACACGGCCGCAGCACCACAGCCAGCCCCGGCACCGGCACCGGCACCGGCCCCGUUCAGCCAGCAUCGUUUCCAGGCGCCACUCCAGCAUCAGCAGCAGUACUACCAGCCGGCGGUACCGCAGCAUCGGGCCGACAUCUGGCACCCGAACGCCAAGGUCGACAUCAAUACCGGCUCGUACUCGCUGAGCUACACCGGCAGAUAGACAGCGAGCGGCCCCCUUUCCCUCCCAACUCCACACGCACUCACCAACGCCAUCACUCAAAUCGUAUCACGCAUCUCUUACCAAACACCUUGUCCCCUUGGUACUUACAGCCUAAGUCAAAUCUAGCCUUUACCCCUGUAGACGUCUAAGCAUCUGCAUGCUGCCAACGCACGUCACAUCCGUCCAGCCCCGUAAUUCGCUGCCAGGCGCUCAAUCGUCAGUGUUUCUUGUCUUUGUCUAAUUUUCUCUGUUUUCUGUCACCUGUCACACUGAUGAAAAUGUGCUGUAAACACUGCGCGCAGCAUAAGCAGCAUAACGGAAUAACGGAAAUAAAAUGUGGACGCUGA